AGGUUAUUUCAAACUUCUUGUGUAUAUAAAGCGGGGCAUGUUUGUUGAUAUAUUAAACAUUUAAGAGUUCAUACAACAAAAAAAUGGCAAAUACGAUUUACCAUGAACAUUUUACCAAUCCUAUUAUCUUCUUUAUUGCUUCAGUCCUUGUGUUGGAAUCAUUUACCACUACAACUGCCCUUGUUUGGUCUAACACACAACCUCCCACUUCCCCUGGCCAUCGUACCGGUAAGUGUACGGAAAAGGAGAGACAAGCUCUUCUUCAUUUCAAAUCAUACAUUCAUUACGACCCUCGCGGCCUUCUCACUACAUGGACACCCGGAGAAGAAGAAAAAGCAGCAACCAAUGAUUGUUGUUACUGGAGUGGAGUCACGUGCAACAACCAUUCCCGUGUCACAAGCCUUGAACUGAGCGAUGGAUUUCUUGAAGGCAAGAUUAGUCCUUCAUUGCUUAACUUUAGCUACUUGAAUUAUCUUGAUCUUUCUUCCAAUUGGUUUAAUGGAACGAUUCCCAUGUUCAUUGGUUCCAUGACCCAAUUAAGGUAUCUUUACCUUGGUUGGAAUGAUUUUAGUGGAAUCAUUCCUUCAGAACUUGGAAACCUCACGAACUUGCAAGAGCUUUCACUUGAAUCCUUGAGUAGCUGCACAGUUGAAAACCUAGAUUGGUUGUCUCAUCUGUCUCAGUUGGAUAACCUUGUCAUGUCAGAUAACAAUCUCAACUCAUCCAUGUAUCACUGGUUGUUUCCUUUAACCAGCAAUGCACUUGUAGAGCUUGAUCUCUCUGGGAACAUGUUAGAUGAGAUUCCCAAAUAUCUUGGAAAUCUGUGUGGUUUGACAUAUUUGCAUUUCGGUGGAAACUUAAUGCCUAUCAAGUUACCUGAUUUCCUGAGUAACUUGUCUGGAUGCACAUCAGUUACUUUACAGUAUUUGGAUGCCUCAUAUAGCGAAUUCACAGGGUCGUUGUCUGAUGAUAUCCAAAAGUUUUCAUCCCUAGAAGAUCUAGAACUUUCCAAUAAUCAGUUACAUGGAACUAUAAGUGAAAAAGUGUGGCAACUACCCAUGCUUCGAACACUAGACGUUUCUUCUAGCUUUCUUAAAGGUGCCAUCUCCGAAAAUAUUGAAAAGUCAAAUAUUUUAUAUGUUAAUCUUUCAAACAACUCACUGGAAGGAGUUCCUUUAGAAGCUCACAUGUCAAAUAUUUCUAGCAUAGAAGAUAUUGACUUGAGUUCUUGCAAGCUAGGACCUCGUUUCCCCAAAUGGAUUCAAACAAUGAAAAAUCUUUCCAGUAUUGAUCUUGCCAAUACCCAAAUUUCAGAUAAAAUUACAGAGGACUUUUGGAACACAUGGCCUUCUCGUUUGAGAUAUUUGAAUAUCGCUUUCAACAAUAUUACCGGGACAAUAACAGAUAUGUUUUCAAAUUUUGACCCUCAUUCUUCAACCAUAGAUUUAAGUUCAAACAACUUUUAUGGUCAUAUACCGAAUGUUCCUUCCCGUUUGAAUAACCUAGACCUCUCCAAAAAUAAUUUAUCUGGACAAAUUUUCUUUUUGUGCCAAAUUGUUGAUGGGUCUUUGAAGUUUCUUGAUCUCUCACACAACGCAUUCACUGGACCAAUUCCAGACUGUUUGUGGCAUUUUACCGAACUAAAAAUUCUUAGCCUAGGGUAUAACAAUCUAUCUGGAAGGCUUCCUACUUCUAUCAAGUUUUUGAUCAAUCUUGAGGUCUUGUCUUUAUACAAUAACAACUUCUCAGGAAAAUUGCCCUUAUCUUUAAAGAAUUUCACCCAGUUAACAUUUUUGAAUUUGGGGGCCAACAAGUUUUCUGGCUACGUGCCUGGCUGGAUCGGGGAGAGGUUAUCAAGAUUGUAUGCUCUUAUCUUAACAUCAAAUAAAUUCACUGGAACCAUCCCUUCACAUUUAUGUCGGCUAUUAUAUCUACAAAUUCUAGACUUGUCAAUGAAUAAAAUCCAGGGAACCAUCCCCUCAUGUCUCAGUAAUCUAACUUCCAUGGUUCAAGUUAUAGCAGUCAACCAAAAUGUGCAUUCUUUUAACCUUAGUCUGGCAUACGUUGACCGUUCCAUGAUCAAGUGGCAAGGAAAUUUGCGUGAAUUUAGCAUAACUCUAGAAUUGGUAAAGAUCAUCAAUUUAUCAAGCAACAAUUUAACUGGAAAAAUCCCCGAUAAACUAACCGAUCUCCAUAAACUAGUUGCACUCGACUUGUCAAUGAACGCUCUAGUUGGAGAGAUUCCAUCAAAAAUUGGUCAGAUGAAAGAACUUCUAAUUUUGGAUCUAUCUAGAAACAAUCUUAGAGGAGGACUACCAUCAAGCAUGUCUCAAAUGACCUUGUUAAACUAUCUAGAUGUGUCGUAUAACAGCUUGUCAGGAAGAAUUCCAUCCGGCACUCAACUCCAAACCUUUGAACCUUCUAGGUACAUUGGAAAUGCAGGAUUAUGCGGACUUCCCCUGUCCAAAUAUUGUCCAGGUGAUAAAGAAUUAGAAGGUCCACCCAUCACACGUGAACAUGUGGGUGACGGGGAAGAUGUAGACGAUCUUCAAAGAUGGUAUUACGUUGGAGGGGCCACAGGUUUUGUUGCCGGAUUUUGGAUGGUGUGUAUUGCUUUACUUGUUAAUCGCCGUGGGAGACAUGCUUUUUUUCACUUUAUGAAUAGCCUUGAAAAUUGGGUUUAUGUGAAAGUGAUGGUGUUCACUGCAAGAUUGCGAAGGGUUUCACAUCCAUAGUUGUAUGUUGGAUUUCAUUUUUCUUUUUGCGUGUUGUGUUUAUUUCUUCUUGUUCUCAUUUAGGGUUACAAGUAUAGUAUUGUAAAA